AUGCUUUAGGCAACGUUGUGUGCUCACAGCAUCUUUGCAGUUGGUCAAACCAGUUCUUGAACUACUGCAAACAUCAUAUGCCUUACACCGCUGUGCUAGGUGGGAGCUGUAUGCUCUUGUGGCUUUGCAUUUCUAUUCCAACGAUCUUUUUCUACUUGCCAGCAUCGAUCCGAGUCAACACUACGUCACAAGACAGAUUAUUAAAUCACUCUGCAACAGAAGCAGUGAUAUUUUCCAACUUGCUAAAUCAACUCUUGGAUCAGUUACAAAAACACAAUCAAACAGACGAUGUGAAUUUGCUCAUAGCUGAAAACCCCAAAUCAGCUGAAGAACUAGAGUCUGUCCUUAUAAACAUCAGUUUAAGUGGCUUCCAGAGGCAGUGUAACGUUCCUCUAGUCGCUGACCCCUCAACACUUCAAUGUCAUGCUCCUUGUAUUUUUCCACUUCUUGAUGAGGACUCACGAUUCACCACUGACGUUUUGCUCAUGGUUUCUGCAAGUGUUGCAGUACUUUGUGGAAUGUUAUCAAUAGCAACUUGGAUACAUCUUCAUUUCAUGUCAACAUUUCCACAUGUCAUUCCUAUGUAUCUCAUAGGAGAAUCAAUGGUUUUAGCCGUGGUUUGGACCUUUCCAGUUAUGAUAGGUCAUGAAACAGCAUUUUGUAACGAUCAGAAACUGCAAAUAGAUGGCAGAGAAACAUUAUUUUGUACAAUACAAGGUGCACUUGUUCAUUAUCUUGCUGUCUCAAUGUCAUUUUGGUUCUCCUGCUACACAUUCAACCUGUUCUUGACUGUCGUUCGAAAUCGUCCAGAUUUGAUUGUGCGAAACAAACAGACUCAUUGUUUGCAAGCUUUACUUUGCUGGUUGUUACCAUUGUUUCCUGUUAUUGUCACACUGAAUGUGGAACAGAACAGAAAGAAUUAUCACUGGGCAAGAGAGGAUCUAUUUGUCUGCACACCAGCUGAUGAGGAUGUGUUUUAUUAUGGUCUUGUUUUGCCUAUUCAAAUUGCUAUGGGAGUUGGAACAACUCUGCUGUUUGUCCUAAUUAACUACAUUAGAUCGAAUCGCAUAGGAACUGCAGGUAUAAAGAUUGCAAAAUCUUCUCAACUCUCUGGCAUUUCAUCACUAGAAACUCGCUUCAUAGCUCUUGCUAUUGCCUACAUCAUUGUCAUUUUCUAUGACAUUGGUCGUGCCAGUUACUUUAUGUGGGGAAGAGAAAUGCUGAUACAUCACGUGCAGGAAUAUUUAAAAUGCACAGCGAUUCAAGGAAAUUUUACGUGUCCUCAAGAUUAUCUCCAAUACUCAAAUCCGUCAAUGACAAUUGCAGCAGCUGUUGUUAUUGGUCUUUUCUGUAUUGCAUCUUUGCUGUUCCUUGUUGGAACGCCUGCUCAAAGUAAACUGUGGAAAUACUGGGUGGCAAAACUGGUCAUCUCUUGUCACUGUUGCUAUGGCAAAGAAGGAUGCAACAGCUGGGCAGUCAUGCCAGAAUGGAAUAAGUCAGUUAAACAAAGACAGAUAUCAAAUGAUGGAAAUAAUAGACAGUUGGAAGACGUUGAGGCCAUUGAAAGUAGAGAUGAACAAGUUGCAGUAAAUGUACAUGUUGCUGUACAUGUGCAAACUAGAAAUCAUCAUGAUGGUGAUAUAGCAGUGGAAAACAAAAACAGGGCAAUAUACAACUAUAUCUAUAGAGAAACGACUAUUUAGAGUGAAAAUAGAUAGAAAUGACGAUAUACAACUACAUCAUUUAAUUAGUUAAUAACUUUGUU